UGUUUCCCAGUCAGCUGUGGAGAGAGACCUCUGAUGGACGUACCCGGCGGCUCUCGAAUAGUCGGCGGAACGAAUGCGCCCCCUGGCGCCUGGCCGUGGCAAGUCAGCCUCCAGUUCUACAGCUAUCGCUCCAGACUGCACAGGCACGCCUGCGGGGGCUCCAUCGUAAACAGCAGCUGGGUGGCCACGGCAGCUCACUGCUUCCCUAGUUCUCUACAGUGCUCCUGCCAGUCUCUAACCCUGAUAGUCUCUAUAGCCCUGCUAGUCUAUAUGCUUCCUCCCCACAGGGAUGCGGGUUACUGGAGGGUAGUGGCCGGGCUCCGUAAGCUAUCCGCCCCUGGCCAGAACGUUCAAAUCCGCCAGGUGAGCCAGAUCAUCAUACAUGCCCGCUACAGCCAGAGCACUAACGAUAACGACCUGGCGCUGAUGAAAUUGAAAAGCCCCUUUGUCUACAGCGACUACGUGCAGGCUGUCUGCUGGCCGACCCCGGCGGUGGAGAAGCUGCAGCUCUCCCUGUGUUUCAUCAGCGGGUGGGGGCACACAUCCUUCGGAGGUAUGAACCCGUGUUUAAUCCGAAGGGGCUGAACGUUGUAAUGAACAUGAACCCCCCCCCCGUGUUAAACUGCUCCACUCUCCGUGCUUCAUCAGGGGCGGGGUCAGACACGUUGCAGCAGGCCCAGGUGGGCUCCGUCCCCCUCUCAACCUGUAAUCAGAAAGGCUGGUACAGAGGCUUCCUGACUGACAACAUGAAGUGCGCUGGCUACGAAGAGGGAGGGGUUGACACCUGCCAGGUACAGUGCUCAGGCUAAGGGUCUUCUGUGGUAAAACCUUCAGCUGUGCAGCUUGCUCUCUGCCAGUCACUCACACACAGUGUGAUUAUUGUAAGACAGGAGAGCUGGGGCUGGUGGAGGCGCGUAUGGAUAGCUGAUGUCAUUCCUGCUCAAUGAAGUAUGCCAGCCGUGUUAAGGGUUGUGUUCUCUGCAGGGGGAUAGCGGGGGUCCUCUUCAGUGCUUUAACGAGCAAGAUGAUCGCUUCUACUUAUCGGGAGUCACGAGUUUCGGAUACGGCUGCGCUGCCCCAAAGUUCCCCGG